GACCCAUGAUGUAUUCUUGAGUUUUAGAAGUGAGGAUGUUCGUCAAAAAUUUAUUUCUCAUCUAUACUAUGCUUUGCAUCAUAUGGGAAUCAACACUUGCAUUGACAAGAAUCUUGAAAGAGGAGAGGAAAUUUCGCUAGAACUUUUCAAAGCUAUUGAAAGAUCAAUGAUUUUUAUCAUUGUACUCUCUAAAAACUAUUCAGAAUCCAAAUGGUGUUUAGAUGAGUUAUUGAAGAUCCUUGAGUGUAAGGAAAAGGUAAAACAAAUUGUUCUACCUUUACUUUAUGAUGUAGCUCCAUCAGAGGUACGACAUCAAAAAGGAAGUUUUGGAGAAGUAUUUGCUAAACUUGGAUGUAAGAUCAAGGAUGAAGUAAAGGUUACAGAGUGGAAGGCAGCUUUGCAGAAAGUAGCCAAUUUUUUCGGAUUCACAUUAGGGGACAGGGUACCAACAAAAUCGAAGGCAUUAUAGUAGAAAUGCCCAAAGGCGAGGAAACGAUUAUUUUGAGUCCCGAAGUAGUUGUACAAAUGAAAAGACUCAGAGUGUUUAUCAAUCGUAAUGCAAGAUUUUCAAGUGGACCUAAUUAUCUCUCUAAGGAGUUAUGAGUACUUGAUUGGUUUGAAUAUCCGUUACAAUCUUUGCCAUCCAAUUUUCAAGGAAAUAAACUCAUUAUCUUUAAAAUGAGUGGUAGCUUCAUCAAGGAGUUAAGCUUCAUCAGGUUUAAGAACGUGACAAUUAUGGGUUUCAAUGAUUGUAACUUCUUAACAAAACUUCCGGAUCUUUCAAGCAUCCUAAAUUUGAAGGAAUUGAUUGUUGAAAAGUGUACAAGUUUAGUUGAGGUGCAUGAUUCCGUUGGAUCCCUGGAUAAUCUUUUAAAAUUGAGUUUUCACGAAUGCUCUAACCUCCGAAUAUUUCCAAGAAGACUCAAGUUGAGAUCUUUACGCAACCUUAAUCUUAGUGAUUGCUCAAACCUUCAUGAAUUUCCUGAAAUUGGGUGUGAAAUGAAAUAUUUAAGUUCAUUAAAUCUACUUCGCAGCGCAGUGGAAGAACUACCUAUAUCUAUUAGGAACCUCGCUGGACUUGAUGCUUUAAUUAUAAACGGUUGCAAAAACCUUGUGCUUCUCCCAAUUUUUCUGCUGCAAAAUUUACGCAAGCUUGGAAUUGGUGGUCCAACAAUGGAAGAUGAGAUUUUAUUGAGUGAAGAAAGACUCCUUGAUUUGCAGCAUCCAACGAAUUCAAGCACUGCAUUACAAGUGUUGAAUCUUUCAAAUUGUCCCCAAAUAGAAUCAAGUUUCUUUCCAAAAUCUAGUUUCUUUACCAUGUUUAAUUCCUCGGCCACUUUGAGAAAGUUAAUUCUAUCGGAAAGUGAGAUGGUUAGCCUUCCCUCGAGCAUCAAAGGAUUUGUUGCACUCAGUGAACUCUACUUGCGGGACUGCGAAAAACUUGAAGAAAUCUUAGAACUUCCACCAAAUAUAAAAAGUGUAGAUGCUACAGGAUGCAUAUCAUUACAAAGAUUUUCUGAAGUAUUAAGAAUAUUGAAAUUUGAUGGAAGCCAUAUCAGAUCACUACAUAUGAUUCAAUUGGGUGGUUGCAAAAAAAUGCAUGAGAAGAUUUGGAAUUACAAAGUGCCAAAUCCUUUACUCUGGAAGGUAUGUAUAUAUUUUUCUCAUUCUCUCUCUCAAUUCUUUGUAAGAUGCAUGACUCUUAAACUGAUGAUGAUGAUAUUGGUUUAGCAGAGACAUUAUAAUGCCACUGCGUUAUCGGAAAAUGAGAUUCUAGAGUGGUUCCGGUAUCAAAAAGAAAUUUUAGAAAAUGAAAUUGUUAAGAGUGGGAAUGAUGAUGAUUUCCAACUGAGAAAAAAUGAAGAAUGGGUAAUAAAUAUUGAAGGGCCACACAAUUUGGAAGAUAUAAGUGGCAUUGUAGUAUACUCCCUUGUGUUUAAUAAAGAAGUUCGUGAAAGUUCAGAUUUUAUUUAUGAUGCUGAGAUAACCAGUAACAGCUCCAAUCAUGUACGCCUUAUCUAUUUCGAUGAAGGGGUAAAUUUGAUUAAUAUUUAUUAUACAACUGGAAGCAGAUAUGACAUAAAGGUUGGGUACUCCGAUUUAGAAUCAUUUGAGCUAAAGGUUUUGGACAAUUUGAGAGUUCACCUUCGUCCUCUUCCAAAUGUUUGGGAUCCUUUGCGGGUACUAUUUUAUAGAUGUUGCGGAGCCAAUGUUGUAUACAAACACCAAAGCAGAGCACAUAAAAGAAGAAAAAUGGAUUGAAUUGUUUUGGGAUUUUUAGCCGUAUACAGAAGGAAAGAGGGAUUCUUAAACUUGGGGCAUCAACUUCCAGAUCUGGUGCAGAAGGACUAUGAUGAUCCAAAGGGAUGGGUACUGUUUUAAGCCAAUAUGGUUGGAAUAUCUUCAUCUCUCUUCAACUUUAAAUGACCUUGGAAUCCAAUCCUUAGCCUUAAUCAAGAGAAAAGAGGUAUUCUUCAACCUGGGGCACCAAACUUCUAGAUCAGAUGGAGAAGGACCAAGCGAUAGCAAAGGAAGAGAAAAGGAGAUAGGCGAACAAAGGUGAAGCGGCUUACUUUUCUUUCAUUCCAAUAUCUCCUGCGACUUCCUCACUCCUCAGCACUUGGGAGUAUGUCACCUGGUCUGGCCUGGCUGAUGAAAGAUCUCGUUUUUACUAUGAUGAUUGAAAGGUAGAGUUGGAGUCAGAGCUUUGACUUGGAAUCAAACACAUUCCAUUCUUUGAAAUGGAUGAAUGACUUGCACGUUUAAAACAGCUGAAUCUUAAGAACACUCCAUUACUGCCACUGUCAUCCAUCUCUCUUUCUUUUUCUGUCUCUCUCUAUCUCUGGUUAUUUAUACAGUU